AUGAUGACGUGCCGUCUGCUGUACGCCCUGUUGGUGCUUGCCCUGUGCUGCUGCCCGUCCGUGUGCGUGACAACGAGUAGUGGCGAUCAAGUUGGGGACAGUGGUUCAACGCUCCCUCAGCCACCGGGAGCAGGUGUUCCAGGGCCCGGUGGGGCAGGGAGUCCAGAUCCAAAAAGUCCGGACGUCACGUCACCGAAACCCGAAAUUCCGGAAGGUGAAAAUUCCGCAUCACAAGCAUCAGGUCCGGCAGCCGGUAUGCCAGGGAGUCCACAUACACCAAUUCCGGAGUCUAUUCCAAAACAGGAACAGGCACCAAGUUCCGUGACCGCUUCGGUACCGGGACAGAGUCAGAAGGAAAAUGCGCCAACAACAACAACCACGACUACGACAAAAGCACCAACUACCACCACCACUACGACUACGGAGGCGCCAACUACGACGACCACCCGCGCACCGUCACUUCUUCGCGAAAGCGACGGCAGCCUCAGCAGCUCUGCGUGGGUGUGUGCCCCGCUGCUGCUCGCCGUAUCCGCGCUGGCGUACGCCACUCUGGGCUGA